GCUCGGACACACAUGGGCCCUGGAUGGACCCUGUCCCCUCCCCUCCCAUUGCCCAGGGUUGUCCACCUGGUUCUUCAGGCUCCAGCCCUCUCCUUAGCCUGGGCUCUUCGUGGUGCUGAGGGACCUUCAGUCCUGCUCCAGUGCUAUCAUGACAAAGGAUUAUCAAGAUUUUCAGCACCUGGACAAUGAUAAUGACCAUCAUCAACUCCGGAGAGGGCCGCCUCCCACUCCCCGGCUCUUGCAGCGACUCUGCUCUGGAUCCCGCCUCUUCCUGCUCUCCUCGAGCCUCAGCAUCCUGUUGCUGGUGGUUGUCUGUGUGAUCACAUCCCAAAAUUCCCAACUCCGGGAAGAUCUGCUGGCUCUAAGGCAGAAUUUCAGCAACUUCACUGUGAGCACUGAGGACCAGGUCAAGGCCCUGAGCACUCAGGGAAGUAAUGUGGGAAGAAUGGUGAAGUUAGUGGAGUCGAAGAUGGCAAAACAGCAGAAGGAUCUGACUGAAGAUCACUCCAGUUUGCUACUGCACGUGAAGCAGUUAGUGUCUGACGUGCGAAGCUUGAGCUGCCAGAUGGCCGCGUUUCGGGGCAAUGGCUCUGAAAGGACCUGCUGCCCCAUCAACUGGGUGGAGUAUGAAGGCAGUUGCUACUGGUUCUCUAGCUCUACGAGGUCGUGGACGGAAGCCGACAAGUACUGCCAACUGGAGAACGCCCACCUGGUGGUGGUGACCUCCGGGGAGGAGCAGAACUUCGUCCAGCGCCACAUGGGCCCCUUAAACACUUGGAUUGGCCUAACUGACCAGAACGGGCCCUGGAAAUGGGUGGAUGGAACAGACUAUGAGACAGGUUUCAAGAACUGGAGACCAGAGCAGCCGGAUAACUGGUACGGACACGGGCUUGGAGGGGGUGAGGACUGCGCCCACUUCACGGCGGAUGGCCGCUGGAAUGACGAUGUCUGCAGGAGGCCCUACCGCUGGGUCUGUGAGACAAAAUUGGGCAAAGCUAACUAGGAGCCUCCCUUUCCCCUCAUUUAUUUCCUUAAUGCCUUGAGCUGCUGAGGUUUAGAACUGGGAGAGCCUACCUAAGGGUCUCCCUAUCUUCGGGAACUUUCAUCUAGGAAUUUAAGGGACCGGUAAACGGUGUUUGAGGAAUGGCGUAUGACGCCUGGUGGUGGUAGGGGUGUGUAUUGAAACCCAGCGUGCAGCUCUCUACUGUCAGCUUGUUUUUUAGAGUAAAAAGAAGAGAAAUAAA